AUGUGGGAGAAAAAGUAUAAUGAGAUGACAAAACCCUUUUUACAGAAUUCCAUACCCAUUAUCACCUUGAGGAAUGUCAAUAAUAAUCUUCACAGCAAAAGGCUCAACCAUUCCAAUUCAACAGGUGCAGGGUUGUCAGCAUUUAUCUUAACCAUUAGGCAUGACAGUACGUACGCGAAAGCCUCAACAUCACUAAUUCAAGAAUUUGAUGAUUACGAUCCAACUCCUUACAAUGGUGGUUAUGAUCCUUCGAAAACUUAUGGCAGUUCUCUUCGUCCGUCGGAUGAAAUCUGUCAUCCUCGUUCGAUGCCACAAUCUGACGGUGCAGCUCUGGAAGGUUUCUCAUAUAGCUCAAUUCCUUCACCCUAUGGAGAAAAUGAUAAACAAAUAGCAAUCAAAACUGUUCCACUACCUCAGGGUGAAAAUGGAGAUAAGAUUGCCUUAGAUGGUGUGGGCAGUGAAAAAAGUUGGAGAAUUAACUGA